GAGGGGUUUUGAUCCACAAGGGGGUUCAAGUUUUCCCGACGCCCAGUGCCUCGUGUCAGAUUCGCGUGGAUCGCUUCGGCAAUAGUGUGAAUUACGAGUCGCGGGUGAUUUUAUUAAAACUUUCCAGUCCUCGUGCGCGGUCUAUCAACCGGAUCUCGCGUCAUAGAACAAAAUGGAGAAUCGUUUUCAGGGCAAAGCACCGGAAGAUGAUGUAAUUGGACAGCAGAAUAGUAAGAGGCCCUCAAUGUCUCUAAAUAUGGGCGGACUGUGGGACGUAGUUCCACGACUGGAUCAUUACAGAUUAAGUCGUCGAGCGAAAAGACCUUCUCUGAGCACUCUGCAUGAAGGUAAUCUUAUAAAGGACGCCAAUGCCGUCGAGACCGGGCAAGUCGUCGGGAGCGUCGUCGGUCAGCAGGGUCACGGUGGAAUAAAAUUAGGAUGGAUCCAAGGCGUUCUCAUACCAUGCCUGCUGAACAUAUGGGGCGUCAUGCUGUUUCUGCGACUCUCGUGGGUAGUCGCGCAGGCCGGCAUUCUGCAGACCAUCGUCAUUAUCGGAAUAUCGGCGGUCGUCUGCGUCAUUACGACGCUUAGCCUCAGCGCAAUUAGCACUAAUGGGGAAGUAAAGGGAGGUGGAAUAUACUUCAUCAUAUCUCGUUCUCUCGGGCCCGAGUUUGGUGCAUCAGUUGGCAUCGUGUUCGCGUUUGCCAAUGCUGUAGCGGCCUCCAUGAACACGAUCGGUUUCUGCGAUUCCCUCAACGAUUUGUUAAAGACGAACGAUUUGAAGAUUAUAGAUAACAGCGUGAAUGACGUCAGAAUCGUCGGUAUAAUAGCGCUCGUCGUUAUGAUACUUAUCUGUGCGGUCGGCAUGGAGUGGGAGUCAAAGGCACAAAACUUCCUCAUAGCCAUCAUCUUGGGCGCGAUCUUCGACUUUUUAAUUGGUACUAUAAUGGGACCACAAAAUGAAGAACAAAAAGCAAAAGGUUUCAUCGGAUUCUCCGCGGAAGUAUUUCGGAAUAAUGUCUAUGCGGACUAUCGACUAUCUGAGAAUGUCAAUCACACUUUCUUCUCGGUGUUUGCCAUCUUCUUCCCGUCUGUCACCGGGAUUCAAGCGGGCGCUAACAUAUCCGGCGAUUUGAAAGAUCCAGCGAGCAGUAUACCCAUCGGGACCCUUCUUGCUCUGCUGAUCUCUAUGCUUAGUUAUGUAACUUUUGUCUUUUUUGCCGGUGCCGCGGCUGUUAGAGACGCAGAUGGUAUUGUGAAUAACACCAUCGCGCAAUAUAGUCCCAACUGUAUCCCUAACUGCACGUACGGACUGCACAAUAGUUACUCGGUAAUGCAGCUAAUGUCAUUGUGGGGUCCGCUAAUUUACGCAGGAUGCUUCGCAGCUACUUUGUCGACAGCGCUGACAAAUUUAUUGUCAGUGCCGAGACUCAUUCAGGCCCUCGGUCAAGACCGAAUUUAUCCUGGGUUGAUUUACUUCAGCAAAGGAUACGGAAAGUCCGGGGAACCCUACCGAGGAUACGUUCUCACAUUUGUCGUCGCGGCUCUCUUCCUCUUAAUCGCCGAUCUCAACGCAGUCGCACCGCUCAUCUCAAACUUCUAUUUAGCAUCGUACGCUUUAAUCAACUUCUGCACUUUUCACGCGGCGUUGAUUCGACCUCUCGGAUGGCGGCCUAGUUUUAAAUACUACAAUACUUGGCUGUCUCUGAUCGGUUUAAUCCUUUGCGUGGCGAUUAUGUUCCUCAUUGAUUGGGUGACUUCACUUGUUACCUUUGUCAUCAUCUUCGCGUUAUAUCUAAUAGUGGUUUACCGUAAACCAGACGUGAAUUGGGGCAGCAGCACGCAGGCGCAAACCUUUAAGUCUGCAAUUUCCAUCGUCUACAGGUUGAAUUCCAUUGACGAACACGUGAAGAAUUACGCUCCUAAAAUUCUGGCGCUUACUGGCCCGCCUGCUGCGAGACCCGCGUUGAUACACUUAGCGAAUCUCAUCACGAAGAAUAAUUCUUUGCUGAUUGCCGGCGAAGUUUUCCCGACACGGCUAUCAUACCGAUUACGUUCCGUACGCCUAAAUAAUGGUUCCUUCUGGCUACAACAACAACGUAUAAAAUCAUUCUAUCACUUGGUGGAUGACUUGAACCUGGAACGAGGCGCUGCUGCGUUGAUGCAGGCUACCGGAAUAGGCAAAUUAGCUCCCAAUGUGGUCCUCAUGGGUUACAAGACUCACUGGUCAACAUGCAAUCAAAGCGAUUUGCAGGAAUAUUUCAAUAUUCUUCACAACGCUUUCGAUAACAAGUUGGCUGUAGCAAUCCUGAGAAUUGCCGAAGGUCUGGAUUGUUCUUGCAUCGCGAACGGAGAAGAUACAAACGGGAACGAUGACCACGGAGUUCUCGCGCAGAGUAGCUACAAUUUGGCGGGGAACACUCUGAUGCAUGCCGACAGUAAUCUCUCUAUGAGCACGCAGAUACCCAGAGUACAAAGUGUGCCGACAAUAGGUACCACAUUUUCUACACCCGAUACGACACCUGUGAUCGGAUAUUCAACGACACAUUGGAAAGCUCAAGAAAAUUUGAAACAGAAGAAAAGAUACGCUGUUGAGAAGCUGCUUGAGAGGCGAAACGGCGGAAUGACUUCCAUACCUGAAAACGUCACAAUUUUCCAAAAGAAGUACAAAAAAGGGACCAUCGAUGUAUGGUGGCUCUAUGACGAUGGAGGUUUGACAAUUCUCCUACCGUAUAUAAUUAGCACGCGCUCAAAUUGGAAACACUGUAAGAUGAGGAUAUUUGCUCUGACUAAUCAUAAGCACGACAUUAGCGCGCAAGAAAAAGAAAUGGUUGAGAUCAUGAAUAAGGCACGAAUUAACUAUAGCAGCCUGAAGAUAGUAAAUGACAUCGGCGUCGAGCUAAAAGAAGAGACACGGUCUUUCUUCGACAAAUUAAUAUCCGAUUUUCGAAUAAACGAUUCCUCCGAAAAUGGUGAAUGUUAUAUUACCGAUCACGAGCUUCAGACUCUACGAGAGAAAACGCAUCGACAAUUGCGCUUACGAGAAUUAUUAUUAGAAAACUCGAGUCAGUCUACCUUGGUAGUUAUGUAUGUAUACAUAUUAAGCAUUACAAUAUUUCUCAUUAUAGGACAUAAAUAUACGUUAGCGUAUAAUAAUUUUUUAUUUUAA